AGUAGAUAUAUAUCAAACAGAUAGAGUUUCCAAACUGUUAUUAUUAAUGGAGAAGGGAUCAGUACCACUUUCAUAUAAGGUAAAAUCUUUAGCAGAGAUUGACAUUGACCUGGAUUAUCCAGAAGAGGAUGAUGAUAAAAGUAAGCACGCUAAUAGGGUCGUACCCAAAAUACCCACGAGAAAUGCUACGAGUUGUCAGUAGAUAUAUAUCAAACAGCUAAAGUUUCCAAACUGUUAUUAUUAAUGGAGAAAGGAUCAGUACCACUUUCAUAUAAGGUAAAAUCUUUAACAGAGAUUGACAUUGACCUGGAUUAUCCAGAAGAGGAUGAUGAUAAAAAUGAAGAAGAUAUUAGCUUAAAUGUCGAAGAGCAAGCAAUGUUAGUCCCAAUUAAUGUUGGAAACGAAGAUGCCAACACCUCAGGUAAUUUACAAGCAAUAGAUCCCGAUGAACUUAAUCAGCCUAGCACAUCAAAAUGUACAAAACGUGGAUUCCUCAACACAGAGGUGUAAUAUGGUGUAUGGUGUAUGGUCAGUAUGAUUCAGAUAUAAGAGAUAGCGUUGAAAAUGAUAAACCAUUAUACAGAACAUGAAAAUGAAUCAUGACGCAUGGGCAAAGAUAAAAUGGAACAUAUACAUACGAAUUUAGAAGAUUUUUUUAGCACAAGUGUGGUUGUAGAAAAACUAUAGUAUGUAAAAAACACCUGCAGAAAGCUUGGUCUAAAAAGGAAGUAGAACUUGUUUGAAACCCAUUUUCAACAAUUUAUAAAUCAAAAUGGAUAUCCGUCAAACAGGCAGAUUAGGGACUUCAUUGGUACAUCAAAAAUUAAAAGGACGGUGCCUGUAAUAAAAUCUAAAAUUCAAACUUUAAAUAAGAAAAAUAAUAAAAAUUAAAUUGUUUUUUAUAAAUUCAAAUUUCUAUUCAUGUUUUUGAUAUCUUUAAUUUUCAU